CUCCUGGCAUCGUGUUCUGCUACGCUGGAUCCUAAACAAGCCAGCUCGCCUGUCCUGGAUGGCUUAAUCGGAACCGUCAGCAUUCAGGGUCAGCAUUCAGGAUGGCGACCCAGAAGGAGGCAGUGUGGAAGAAGCCCCACCAGCUGAACAUGGAGGGGGCUCUGAUCGCCCGGGACAGGGUCGGCGUUCAGGAUUUUGUUCUCCUCGACUCUCACAUGAGUGAAUCGGCUUUCCUGGACAACCUGUGCAAACGAUACCGGGAAAACCUCAUCUAUACCUACAUCGGCACUCUUCUCGUGUCUGUGAAUCCCUACAAAGAGUUGGACAUCUAUACAAUGAAGCAGAUGGAACAAUACAAAGGGGUCAACUUCUUUGAGCUGCCACCACACAUCUACGCCAUCGCUGACAACACCUACCGUCUCAUGUGCAGCGAGUACAACGACCACUUCAUCUUGAUCUCUGGAGAAAGUGGAGCCGGGAAGACGGAAGCCUCCAAGAAGAUCCUCCAGUUCUUCGCCAUGACCUGCCCUACCACAGAGCAGCUGCAGGUUGUCCGGGAUCGCCUGCUCCUCUCCAAUCCUGUCCUGGAGGCGUUUGGAAAUGCCAAAACGUUACGGAACGACAAUUCAAGCAGGUUUGGGAAGUACAUGGACAUCCAGUUUGAUUUUAAGGGCGCUCCUGUCGGUGGACACAUCCUGAGCUACCUGAUUGAAAAGUCCCGCGUUGUGCACCAGAACCCUGGGGAACGCAACUUCCACGUCUUCUAUCAGCUGCUGGAGGGGGGAGAGGAGGAGCUGCUGGAGGGGCUGGGCCUGGAAGGCAGCCCUCAAAAGUACAGCUACCUAGUCCAGGGAGGCUGUGCCAAAGUGUCUUCCAUUAAUGACAAAAGUGACUGGAGAACGGUCCAGAAAGCCUUUGUGGUUAUUGACUUUGCCCCAAGAGAUAUUGAGAAUCUCUUGGGGAUAAUUGCGAGUGUCCUGCAUCUGGGCAACAUCCAGUUUGAAGAAGACAGCAACGGCCACGCCAUCAUCACCAACACCAACGGCACUCAACUCCACUGGAUCUCCAAGCUUCUGGGCGUCCAUCUGUCCAUCCUUCAAGAAUCCCUAACGCACAGGAAAAUUGAGGCCCGGUUUGAAGAGGUUUUAAGCCCCUUAGAUGUGGACCUGGCAUUUUACGCUCGGGAUGCCGUAGCGAAAGCCAUCUACGGACGGACCUUUACUUGGCUGGUCAACAAAAUCAACACUUCUUUAGCCAACAGGGACUUCAGCAGGAAAACCGUGAUCGGGCUGCUGGAUAUUUAUGGCUUUGAAGUCUUUGAGACAAACAGUUUUGAACAGUUUUGUAUCAACUAUUGCAAUGAGAAACUCCACCAGCUGCUGAUCGAAAUGACCCUGAAGGCAGAACAGGAGGAAUAUGAGCUGGAAGGCAUUGAGUGGGAACCGGUCCCUUACUUUAAUAACAAGAUCAUAUGCGACCUCGUGGAGGAAAAGCACAAAGGCAUCAUUUCCAUACUGGAUGAAGAAUGCUUGCGGCCUGGUGAAGCCACCGACCUGAGCUUCCUGGAAAAACUGGAGGAGAAAGUAGGAGAUCAUGCCCAUUUUGUGACUCGAAAGCUUGCAGACCAGAAAACCCGGAAGUCCAUCGACUGGGUGGACUUCCGCUUGCUUCACUACGCUGGCGAAGUGACCUACUGCACCGUGGGAUUUUUGGAGAAAAAUAACGAUCUGCUUUACCGGAACCUCAAAGAGGUGCUGUGCAAUUCCAAAAACGGUAUCUUGAAAGAAUGCUUCUGCCCAUCGGAGUUACACAACCGGAGGAGGCCCGAGACGGUGGCCACUCAGUUCAAAACCAGCCUGUCCAGUUUGAUAGACAUCCUGAUGUCCAAGGAGCCCUCCUACAUCCGGUGCAUCAAGCCCAACGGGGAGAAAGAACCUGACAAAUUCGAUGAGUCCUUGAUAAGGCACCAGGUGAAAUACCUGGGGUUAAUGGAGCACCUUCGAGUGAGGCGAGCUGGCUUUGCUUACCGUCGGAAGUACGAGCACUUCCUGCAACGAUACAAGUCGCUCUGCCCAGAUACCUGGCCCCAGUGGCGAGGCCCUGCAGCCAAGGGGGUGGAGAAGCUCAUCCAUCACAUUGGCUACAAGCCCGAAGAGUACAAGAUGGGAAGGACCAAACUCUUCAUUCGUUUCCCAAGAACGCUGUUUGCCACCGAAGAUGCCUUUGAAUAUAGAAAACACCUCCUAAUUUCCAGAAUACAAGCCAAAUUCAGAGGUUGCCUCGGGAAGCGAGAAUUCCAGAAGAUGAGACAAGCCGCCAUCCUGUUGGAGGCGGCCUGGAGGGGGGUCCUGGCACGCAGGCUGGCCAAGAAGAGAAUGUGGGCAGUCGAGACAAUCCAUAAGUUCUUAAAAGGCUUCAUUCACCGGACAGAGCCCCUGAACUCCAGCAACGUGGAUUUUGUGAGGUUUGUGCAGUACGCCUACCUCGUGAAACUCAGGGAUCACAUUCCAAAGACCGUCCUGGACAAAAGCUGGCUUAAGCCUCCAGAGAUCAUGCAACAAACCUCUGCUCUUCUGAAGACAAUCUGCAAAAGGAAUCUUGUCCGGAAAUAUUGUUGUGGAAUCACUGCGGAGAAGAAGGCACAGAUGGAGCAAAAAGCUGUGGCCAGUGCCAUCUUCUCUGGGAGGAAAGUUGGCUACGUGGAAAGCCUGAACGAACUCUUUGUGGAUAGCCGGCUGAGUUGCUCUGUAGCUUUCAGGAACUCAAAUAUCGGUCUUGAAUUGUAUGUUUUAUAUUAUAAGACCACUUUAGAAGAACCCUUAAAUGAAAUAACGAAGGGAAAAAAAAUAAAAGCAUUUCUGGCAUGCCAGAAGUUUCUUCGAAGGCCUCAGAAGAGCUUUCUGCCCCCUUCGCUCCCAGGUGAGAGCGAGCUGUGCCCGAAAGUCCUGCAGAUGAUCCGCCACGAGAAGGUCCAGUAUGUCACCCCAGUGGUGAAAUAUGACCGGAACGGCUUCAAGCCCCGGGAGCGGCUGCUGGUCCUGACCCGCCUGGCGGCUUACGUGGUGGAGACGGCCAAGAUCAAGCAAAAGAUCGAGUACGCCACCCUCAGAGGCAUUUCCACCAGCAGCCUCAGCGACGGCAUCUUAGUCCUCCACGUUCCAGAAGACCACAAGCAGGAAAAGGGAGACGCCAUCCUGUGGUGCAAGCAUGUGUUUGAGGCCGUCACCAAGCUCUGCAUGUUAGCCAAGAAGCAGGACUUGGUAGCCGUGGUCCAGGGAAGCCUCCAGUUCCAAAUCAGUCCAGGGAAGGAAGGAACCAUGGUUUUCACCACCGGCCAGGAGCCUCACAUCUACAAAGCCAAAAAUGGACAGCUGACUGUUGUGUCGACCAAGACAAAGUCCUGAUGGGGGAAACCAACCUCAAGGGCCAUCCGUUACUCUUGUCUGCCUGAAAAGAAACGUUCCUGAAAUCCCCACCACCUCUGGGGAAGAGUUCGCGUGGCCUUCUUCGUAAAGCUACUCAGAGGCUGAUGGAGUUGAGGUUAUUUGCCUCUUUUUUUUUAAAGCACAAAGUUUGCCCUUUAAUCCUAGACCCUGUGACAGCCUCAGUGAGCCUCUUCCAGAAGAGAUGCAGAGAUUCAACCUUCCAGUUGGCAAUAAUUGAACCAUUAACUGCACCAAACAGCCCCAAGCCACGGUUUUAGAAUGCAAAACUCCGGAAAAGAAUCUCAGCAUAAAAAAUGAAGGAUUCCAAACGCUGUUUCUAAGCAGGACUGGGAGAGGAGCAAUAAGGCCGGCUGUGAAACUCUGCCCUGGGUCUGAGUGAGAGUCUGUCUUCAACCAAAUUCUCUGCAAAGUUAACUGGGGCCGGUGAGCCUCAGCCCCGUUUGUGAAAAGCAAAACACUGAGGUUCUUCCCUCUGAGACAGAGCAAAGAAGUCCUGGAAGGCACUUCUGUUCCUGGAGAGUGACGACCCACUUUAUUCUCUGUAUUAGCAACCUGUGAUGUAUUUAUGAAAAAUUAAAAAGGUGAAAGGAAAAUUA